AUGGAAGAUUAUGAUUCUAGAAUUAAUCAAAAACCUCAUUCUGAGAGGAUUUUGGAGCAAUAUGAAAAAUACCCAGAUGAUUACAUUGAAAAUGCAACAUUGAGACCAGAAAAAUAUCAUGUAUUGGAACAGAAAGAAUACGAUGACUGUAUUAUCACAACAUUUCACCAAAUUAUUAAUAGUGAUUACUUAGAUGUUGAAAGAGAGCUUAUUAAUGGAAAGUUAAUGAAUAGCGAAAAUUAUGAAAGUAGAGUAUUUGGCAAAUAUGGACUAUCUCAAGACCAAAAAGGGAGGGAUCCAGGAGAAAGGGGCUAUACAGAAACAGAAAAGGAAAAUUCAGAAGACGAAUUAGAUGCUACUGGUGUUGAGGAGUGUGAAGAAACAGAAUCUGAAGAAUUGGAUUCAGAAGAUGAAAUGUAUGACGAAGACGAAAACAGCCGUGAGUUAUUGAUGCUAUUAAAAAGUAGAGGAAAGUCAAAGCGAAUUCAUAAGAGAGAAAUGUUAAGUUUACCAAGCUCAGAAUUUUUAGUAAUAAGAGAAUUUCCUGUAUCUUUUGGAAUUCCAGUCAUUAAAUUACAAAAAUUGAAUGUACGCCCAAUAUUAUUUCUCUGGUUGCUUUUGUUACUUUUCAUUGUUUAUUGCAUUUCAAUAUUUUUAGAUGAGUAUAUCAUUAAUGACAUAAUACCAUUAUAUCCACUGGGAAGUAUUUUUGAGCCGAAAAAUGAACAUAAUGAAGAGUUGGUUCCUUCUUUUCUAAGAUCUAAGAAUUCAAAAACAUCAGGAAGCGUUGAUAUGCGUUUAGUGAGUAAAAGUAGUUUAAUAAAAAAGCUUUUCCCUUUAUUCAGUACUAAGCAAGACUCGGAAGUAUCUGAGGAUGCAAUCAACAGACCUUUAAAUGUAACAUUGGAUAUUAAACAUUGCCAAAUUCAAUUUCUUAAUUCAUCCAAUGAUUUUAGUUAUAUUAAAGUAAGAUCUUGGAGAUUAUUUUCCAAAUCACACAUGUACUCAGGAAGUUCUGGAAGGUACCGUAUACCAUCUAAAAAGAAAGAUAAGUUUGAGUAUGUAUGUUCACACGGAGCUUUUUUCUGGAUAUUAAAAAGGUAUAUUCUUCCUUGGGAUACUUAUAGUGAUUAUAAUAUAAAAAGUGUUUCUUGGAAAGAGUAUAAGGAGUACUGUGAUUCAAGUCUGAGACCUUGGAAUUUUGUUAAUGAUUCAAACUUGUUAAUAAAAUUGCACCAAACCAAUACUGGUGAUUAUUUUCAAUGUUCUAUAAACUUUUUUCUGGCUGAUAACUUUCAGUUCGAUGAACUUUCUGUCAAGUUUGUACCAUCCUCAACAUAUAUGAGAGUCUCAUCAUCAAUUCCAAUCAGAGCUAAAUCCAUGUUUCACUUGGAAGCAUUACAUGGAACUUUUGAUUUAAAAGAUGUAUAUUCUAAAAACAUCUCACUUACAAUUUCAGAUGGUUGGGCUUCCAUAGAUCUCCCAAAUAUUGAGGAUUCUAUUCAUAGGGGUGUGCUCAUAGAAAGCAGGGGAGCUCCAAUAUAUAUUAAUAGCAAAACACCAUUAUUGGUUGUGAUGCCGGUCAGAAUUGCAGAACUGGCAGUUUUAAGGGCUGAAAAUGUUAAGGUUCAACUGGAAAGUAAGUCAAAUGGGUUGAAUAGUCAUGGAUAUUAUAAGACUGCGUCAGUUGUGGCUACAUUAAAUCCAGAUUCAUCAUUUUUAGAAAACAAACUUUCAGGCUCUUUAAUUAACACAAGAAUUAACAUUCAAGGUAGCAUUCCUCCAGUAUAUGUAAAUGUAUAUUCCAAUUCUGAAUCAAAUUCUAAUUCCGAUAAAUUUUCUGAUGAAUUGAUAACUUGGGCAGGAAGACACCAGUGGAAAGAUCCACAUUUGCUUGCAUUUUCGAAGGCAAGAUUUAGUAGAUUUUCAAAGUGGCUUCAAGAAGACCUUGCGAGUCCCUGGGUUGUAUAUAUUAACAUUUUAGGCAAUGGAGAAUAUCCUAAGGGAACUUGGAAAGCGGUAUCUUCAAGAGCUUUUAUUCGUGACCCAUAUGCUCUGGUAUUGUUAUCAGGUGGUCUUUUAAUGCCUAGAAUAUACACUCUAUUUAUUCAUAUUCUUGGAUUAAAAUGUAUGGUUCCAGCGAGCCAUUCAGAUUUGGAAGAUUUGGACGUAAUUAAUGUUGAUGAUAAUCAGAAUAUAGUCAACAGCAACGGAAUAAUUGGUAAUAUUAUUAAUGGGAAUGCAAGUACUCAAAACAACAACAAAGAUACUGUUGGAAAAGUGGAGGGUGUAAUUCACAAAAGUGUGGAUAAUGGUUUUGGAGACCAAGAGAAAGGAGGGUUACUAGCAAAUAUGACAAGUAAGAUUUCAAAGAUGAUUGGCCCAGAAGAAUCUACAUCUUCUGAAAAUGGGAAAAAUAGGCAGGAAAGUAAAUUAAGCGAGUUAAAGAAAAUAUUUGGAGUUAAGAAUGGACCAAAAUUACUCUUAAAUAACUUUCAGGAAUCAAUUUAUUUUGAUGACAAUUUAAGUGAGGACUAUUACAUUAACCAAGACUCAAAUAUCCAUGAAGAUAUUGCAAAUAUCAAAAGUAUAAGUGAUGUAGGGAAUUAUAUGGGCAAAUCAAGCAGAAUUAGAGCUUGUGAAUCUUCAAUAGCUGAAAAUAUUUUUAGUGUAAUAAACAAAGCAAUAAUAGAUACGGCUCAGCAACCAAGUGUAAUAGUAUGGACUCAGAAUGAUGAAGAAGUAAAGACUUACAAUUCGGACUUAGGUUUGGGGAGAAAAAAUGGGUUAAGUGUAUCUGAUAGAAAUCUAUUUUCACUUACAAAAUGGACAAUAAAGAAAUUAAAGAGCCAAUUGAGGAGAUUAUUUAAGUUGUUUUUCUCAUUAGUAUCAUUUUUGGAGAGCAUAAUAUUCCCUGGGUGGCUAAUUCCGGGAUGGAGUAAGUUAUCUAAGAAGAUUCUAAAAAGUUCCAUGUUAGCAGAUGACGAUUUUGUAUCGAAUCCAGAAGUUCUAUCUGAUAGUCCAAAUCAAAAUAUCGAGCAAUACAUAUUUACAGCAGAAAAUGAUGCAAUAUUGAAAGAUCUUGUGACAGCAAAUGAUUUACAAGGAUACAUAGUUUCUCUAUCCUUGAAUAUAUUAUGUGCAAUUUUGGUAGCAACAGCAGCCAUGUGGGUACUUUAUUACUAUGUUUUCCCCUGGUUUUUGACAGGUAUUAGAGAAAUGCAACUGGUAAGUACAGCUUCUCACCGUUUGAAUCAUGAUUUCAGGACUUCGGAAGCUGCAGAGUGGAUUGUAAUGGUUUCUACAAUUCAGUGGCCAAACUUUGGAUUAUUAUUGAGGUGGAACCAAAGACAAAAAAGGAGAGAUAAUGAAAAGCUUUGCAUAUAUAUUAAACAGAUAGAAAACUUAUCUCAAAUGAGUGGAAAUAGCAAUAUUGGUAAUGGGGAAGGGGCAAAUGGUUCAGAAAUUUCAGAGUUUUUCCUUUACAUUCCAGCAAACGAGGCAUCAUUAACUACACAUUUGGGAAGGAACCAACAGGAGCUGUUUGUUCCAAUGAAAUAUACUGAUAAAUGUAUUUUUGAGGUAACAAUGCCAUAUGAGCUUAUUUCUGAUCAAAAAUACAGACUAAGAAUUCUAAGAAUAUCAUCUUCUGGCCAUAUUAUUGAGCAGAGUAACUGGAGCAAUGAGAUUAUUCCAGGAAACAAAAUGAAGUUUGUAGAUUUUCCAUUACUUUUCUUAAGGAGGUUUUUGCCUAAGAAGAGAUCCUCUCUGAACUUAUUCAUUGAUAAGAACACAGAUCACUAUUCUCCUUUUGGUAUUCCCUUUUAUUUUAGGGAUAUUGAGAUUAUAAUUUUUGAUGUUCUUGGGGGAAAGAAGAAGAAACGUAGCAGUAUUUCGCAAGAGAACUUUUUUGAUUACGGAUUUGAGGAAGAGGAGGAUGAUAAAAAUGAUUUAAAGAAUAUUAAAAACAAUAUGAUUGAUUUCGGAGAAGGAGAAACCACUAACCCAACACUUAAUGACAAACACAAGCCUUCCCAUAAAAUUGAUGGAAUCACCACAGAUAAAAAUGGUGAGCGGAAAUUUGAAAGGUCUUUCUCCAACCAAAGUUUCAAUAGAGAGUUGAGCGCACAAAACCAGACCGGUAUUGCUUUAGGGCCACAUGGCGUCCACAUGAAUGCAUGCAAUACUAAUGGUAUGGUGUAUGGCGGGAAUGAUUCUAGUGGGGGGGUGCCGUCAAAUUUUGACCAUGAAACAGAAGAUGGACGCGGAUAUUCGGAGGUGAGAGGGAAUAAAAAGUUUGUGUUGGUAGCAAGGUUAAUAAGGGAUCUUUCUGGAACAUGUGGUACGGGAGAAGCGUUGAACGGAAUGAGUGGAGGAUUAGAAAAAAUUUCAGAGAAUUAUACGAGUGGGGGUGCAAUUCGAGAGGGCCGUUCAGGGGGAAGGUUUGGUAGUUUGCAUGCAUCUAGUAUUGCAGAAGAAGAUGAUAAUUUUGCUUCAAUUCGAAGUUAUACUUUUAAAAAUAAAUCAUUUGAUUCUGAUAAGGUCCGGAUUGAAGGUUGUUUGGAGAAUGUCAACUUUUUUGAAAAAUUUAAUGGAAAUAGUGGAGUUAAUCGACAGAUUAAUAUGAUGGAUGGUAUGGAAGUUGGAAGUGGCAAUAAUGUUUAUAUUUUACGUAAUAAGGUAAAACACGGUUCUGGAGGUGAGGGCCGUAAACUAAGUAUUGGUGGGUUUGGGAAAGAUGAAAAAAUGAGCAAUUCAGAUCCAGUUGCUAGUAGUUUAUAUUUAGAGCAAAGUUUGAUAUCUCAAAAAAGAAUAUUGUUUGAGUUGCAAGAGGCAGAUAGUGGCCAGGUAGUGGCAAAUGGAGAUGUAAAAUGUUCAAGAUUAAUAGAUAUAGCUUGGAAGUCGUUGGUUAAUGAUGCUAAUAUGGAAGAUAGUUUUGAAGGAGGUUUUGUACCUAUGAAUGAAAGAGAUUAUGAUGAUGUUAUACAUGGUAGAAGAGUUCACUCAAAAAUGGGCCACGAUUCUGAAAUUCAAGAUAAUGACAUAAUUCAGGUUCAUGAUACAAUUUCAAAUAAUACCGUUUCAAUCAAUAAGUUUGUAGAUAUCUCAAUAAAACUUUAUUAUGUUGAAGGAGGACAAUGGGGAGAACUUUCAAUGCUUUUGGAUAGGUCAUUUUGGGUUCAGUAUUUGAGACAUGAUCUUUCUGAAGAUAUUAUUAUUGAUUCAAAUCCUUUAAGUAAUGUGGAAAGUAUUGAUAUAGAAAUGGUAACUAAAAAAAGUAAUGAGAAUAGUAAUUAUCUGGUAUAUAAUCAUUCAAGCAAUUCAAUCAUUAAUAUGCAAAAGAGCCAAGUUGGAGUAGGAGUUGAUUUAAAAAAUGACUCUCUUGGUGAUUCUGAAAGAUCUGGACGAAAUAAAAAGGCUGAAGAUACUUCAAAUUCUAACAAACCAAGAUUUACUAAUGACACACCAGGAAAGAUCAUUAUCAAUGGAAGUGACACCCAAUUAACAUGGGUUUGGCGAGAAUUAAAGAAAGAUAGCUCGAGUUACAUUCCAAAGAAGUUACAUUUGCAUGUUUUUGAUCAUUACACAGAUACCCAUUUAUCUUCUUUGCAUGGAGAAAAAUCAAUCCCAAAUACUGGUACUUUUGCAUGGUCUGUUGAUGUUCCGUUUAUUUCACAAAGAUCAUCUUCAAGAGAUGUUUAUUUGGUAAUGGCAGUUAGCAAGGAUGAUAUUCCAUCCAAUGUAACUAUUCAAGGUAAGACAUUUGUUCCAAGGGGUUCAAAUACUCAAGAGAGUUCUGGGUAUUUCUUUGGGUCUUCUACAGGAGUAGGAUGGAAAAGAUCUUUAACUUGCAAUAAACAGAUAAUAGUAGCAGUUUCAAACUCAUUCAAAGUAAUCAGAUUAACAACAUUAAGUGAGUUUGAGUUAUUAUAUGCUACAUUCUGUAGAACAUUUGGACUGGAAAUGGAAGUAGUUACUUAUAAUGAUCUAUACAAAUAUGGAUUUUUGGUAUCACCUAGUAGUUUAAGAGUUUGUGAGAAUAUCAGGAAGCCAAUCCCUACAGAAACAUAUCAAAGAGGAACAUACUGUCCUGGCCAAUUUAUGAUCAGUGCUAAAGCAUUAGCAGUAACAACUGGAAGUAAAUAUAUUUUGAGAGGUGAGGACAAGGAAUUGGAAAAUUGUAUAUACUUAAAAUCCCAAAGAAAAUCUGUUGAUAUAAUUGAAAAUUGUACAUUAAAUUAUUCAACUUAUUGGUGGUCAUCUUCUCCAGAUAGGUUUUUACUCAAGAAUGGGAUCAUUUUGGACACCAGUAUAUUCUUACCUUUAACACUUAAGGUCAUAAGUUGUUUCAAAAUAGAUUCAAUCAUGCUUUUCUUAAGAAACUUCUCCAUUUCAAGAGUUACCAAUUCAUUUUAUAGCUUUUUUUCAAAUUUAAAAUGCUUAUUUUGCUCUAAGAAAAGAGAUUAUGAAUUAAAUCAAAAUGAAGAUGUUAAAACUAUAAAUAUAUCUUCAGGUCUAUUAGUCCAUUCAAAUUACUCAACAGUAUUUAGAAGAAAAUCUACUUGGAGAUCAAGCAAGUUCAGAAGCUGGAAAGCUAUACUAAGUUUAAUAUAUAAUACAAAAGAAAAUAAUAAACAAUAUAGGCUCAAAGAUAAGGAAAUAAAAAGUAUUUCCAAAUCAAAACAACGUUGGUCUAAAGCUUUGAUGUCUUUAAAAAUUGCUCAGUUAAAACGUUCAUCUACUAAUUUUAUUAGAACUAUAAAGAAUAGUAUCUCAAAUAACCAGAUAAUAGAUGGUUCAAUUAAUUCUAUGAGAAACAGUAAUUGUGAGUACACUGAAUUAGGAACAAUAACAAACUGGGAAAAAGCAAUAGAACCUGAGCAACUAAAUGACACUCAAGUUUAUAAUUAUGCAGAUUUGAGAUUAAACUCAUCAGCUGGAAUAACUUAUUUAGCUAAUGGUGAAUUAAAUCAUGAAAAGUUAAAUAGUAUUUCAGGAUAUAAUAUUGGCUAUGGAGGGAUACUUGUCCCAAUAUAUAUAGCCAAAAUAAAACAAAGACAGGAAUUAAUACAUGAGAUUUGGUACUCUUUUCAAUUUUCAAUUUUACCAAUUAUAUUAAGUGCAAUGAUUUAUGGUUUUCAAAUUUCACUACUUUCAAUAUUUCCAGUAACAUGCAUCAUAUUAACUCUGGUUUACAACUACUUAUCAACUCUUUCAAUUUCAAGUCCUCAUUCUCACAUCAGUCCAAAUUACUUUUCAGAUAUUGUAUACAAUCCAACUUGGGAUUUCUUUAUGUCUUUACCAUUUCCUGUUCCACAUUUAUUAAUAUUAUCAGUUCUGCAUCUUUUAAUAAUUCACACUACAUUCAUUGCAUCCACUUCAUCUCUUUCAUCUCAUAAUAAAGGAAAAGAGGAAGAAAGACAUGAAGACUCAAAACUGACAGGAAGUGGGCCAAUUUUGAAAUGGAAAAGGAAUUUGGAGCGUUACUGGAUCAAAUUAUUGGUACUUUUUGAAGAGAUUGGAAUGUUUGUGACAUUAUUUUCAAUGUUUCUAACAUUAUUGUCAAUUUCAAUGUUUUUUCUUUGGUUCUUAUUGGGUUCUUUAAUUAACUCAGAUAACAUACUUCCUUAUGUAGUAAUGCUUUUAGCUUUGGGAUUUGUUGUUGUGAGCUUAUGGAAUAAUUUUAGUUCCUCAAGAGGAAUUGUUGAUCGGUUUAUUGCAGAAAAUCUCCAGUCGUUGAUUUCAAUUGCUUUAGGACAUUGGUUUGAAGCAACAAAUCAAACAUUUACAAGUAAUUCAAACUCAGCAGAUCCAAAUGAUCUUAGAGCUGCUGCCUCUGAACAAUUACAUUGUGAAAUUACUAAUCACAAAUAUUUGUGGGCCAAGGCAAUGUUGAGUAGUAUGGGAAAGCAGCAGAUUUGCAGGGAUAAUGGAGGAGGAGGAGGAGGAGGAGGAGGAGGAGGAGGAGUGGAGGGGCCAUUUGAUUUGCAUUCCAGUAAUAAAAAUACAUUGAAGGACUUUUUGGAUGGUUCUAUGGAGUUAAAACAUAGUACAAGGAUUCAGUCAUUUGGCUCAAAACUCCCAAUAACAGAUUAUUGUUCAUUAUAUUGCUCUAAAUGGGAGUAUUUGAAAAUAUUCCCAACAACUCCAAAAAGCUUGUUUGGGAUUAAUUCAAAAGGAGAGAUUGUUGGAGUUCAAGAAACUUUGAGAGUAUAUUAUGGAAUGAAAUUGGCUACUGUAAAGGAUGUGAUUUCUGAAAAUGACAAAGUGGAUAGUUUAUUAGAAGGUUUUGAUGUAGCACUUUUACAGGAUGGAGUUAAAUAUGGUCCGAGGUUUGGAUAUAAGGUCGAGGAUUUUCUACAUCUCGAUACUUGGUACAAGUGUGCUAUAGUUAAAGUUCCGAUCUUUCCUCCAAGUGAAGCUCUCUCGGAUGAGGCUAAAGUAAAGCUUAUAUUUGACUUUUUUGAUAUGGAUGAAGAUGGAUUUUUGAACAGGGAAGAAUUUUUGUAUUGGGUUGUAAACUUACAUUGUGAUAGAUUUCUAUUAAAUGGGUUAAAUACCAAAUAUCAGGACAUUAUUGACCAUUUUAACUCUAUAUGCAACACAAAUGUAGAUGAUGAACAAGGAUUUUCUGUGGAUGAUAUUAUAAUACUAUACUCAUUAUAUCCUGGGAAUUUGGAUUCAGAUUAUGAAAAAGUUAUUCCAAUUAGAGGAGGUUCCAGUGGGAAUGAAUACGACAUAUCAAUGAUGAGCCAGGGUUACGACCAAUUUAUUACAGAUAGGGGAAUAAUUGAUGAUAGGGGAGUACAGGAAAACGGAAUGAUGGAUGAGGAAGAGUAUGAUGAUGAGUUUAGUGAUGAUAUUUUCACUAUGAGUUCUGUUAAUGGGUCAAAAGUUGGGUUUAAGUCUAAAAUAGACCAAAAAGGUUAUUUAUGGAUAGACUUAUUAUCUUCAGGCUAUUUGAAUAGUAACAAAAAUACAGGAAAUCAUUUGCAAUUUGGAAAGGUGGUUAAUGAUUCCGAUAUCGGUGUAAUUAUUGGUGAUUUAAGUAACUUAAAGCUUUGCUCUUUAAAUAAUUCUGCGAAAUCGUCUUCUGGAUCUUUUGAUGGAGUUGGAGAAACUAGAGAUUCUGCUGGAGGUUUUAUAAUAAGAGGGAAAAAUACUAAUUCUCUUAGUAGUAAUCUAAGAGGAGGGGUUAGUAACUCUAGUAAACAUACUAAGUUCCAGUUACUACGUGAGAUGAAUGUUCAGAAACUAAAAUACAUAUUUACAUUUUCUACCAGGAAUUUAAGAACUCCGGAUAUUGAUACAGCUUUAAGGGAUAUCCAUUCUUUAGCUUAUAAGGUAUUUGAUGCUCAAGUUGCUUUAUUGAUUCCCAUUUUUGGGAGGAAAAAUGUAUUAACUUUUGGUAAUGCUCACUCUUCAAUUAAUGAUGAUUUAAACAUUAUCAGUGGUGGAAAUGUGAUCUCAAAAAUUGGUAGCUAUGAUGAUUAUACAUUCAGUGGAAGCUUAACUAUGUUUGAGAGGCAAGGAAAUGAGUUAAAUGGUAUCGUUAGAUCUGGAUUAUUAAACAGAAACCCCUCUAUUUCUUCAAAUUUACAAUUAAACUUAUCCAACUCACAUUUAAACGGUUCAAGCUCAAAUUUCAUAAAUUCUGGGAUUAACAACAGUAUGAUAGCUAACUCAGGAGGAGGAAAUGGUCUUAGUAUGAAUAAUAAUGGGUUAAAUAGUAUUAACACUGGAGGAGCAGGAGGAGGAGGCGAUUCUAUAGGAAUUAAAAAUUUAUCAUCUCAGAACAAAAACUCUGAUGAUACAACCAAAUUUUUACAGCUAAUGAGAAUUCUACAUAACGAAAUUAGACAGGAUAUUUGGAUCUUAUUUAACCAUAUAAUAGGAAGGUUGUUUGACAGAAGUAGAGUUAAGAAAGGAGCUGACCACUUUUUGGACAUAGUUUAUCCAAAGUUAAUAAGGAGAAAGGCUGCAAGAAUAGUAAAUGUCUUUUAUGGACCAUCUUUAAAUGAGAUUUCUGUUUCAAUACAUGAUUACUUUGUAUCCGCUCCUCCAAAGACUGCAGCUCAAGUUGUUGAUGCCUUAAAAGAGUACAGAGUAGAAAAUCAACGUAAUGUUAAGGAUACACUUGAGAUAAUAUCAUUAUCUCAAGGAAAUGCAUCAUUACAAUUUCAAGUAUCUCUAAUAACUAAAGCUCUAUAUGCUUUAAGUGUAUUAAAAGAUACUGAUGUUGAAAUGCUUACUGUGGAUAUACCUUGGAAAAGAUCUCAUACUUUAAUUACUGAAGAGGUAUUAAUCUUACCAAGAAAUCAUCAAGGAAUGAAAGUGAUUCUCGGGGCAAUUCAGACAGUAUUGAGAAGAGCUAACUCUAUUACAAGUUCAAGAUCUGGGGGUACCUCAGUAUCAAAUUUCUCUAAUAAUGACCAUAAUAUCUCCUCUUCAGUAGAGAACCAAAGUGAUAAAAAUAAAAUUCAUCAUAGAGAAGUAAAAACUAGUGUAGAAGUAUUUCAUUCAGCUUUAGUUGAUUCAAAAACAAAUGAAAUUAAUGGUAUUUUGAAAGGAGGGGGAGCCACUGUUAAUGGAGAAACUGAUGGAGGAGGUGGAAUUGGAGUUUCAUCGUCAACUUCUAAUACCAGUGAAUUUACAGAGACGACUUUAGAACAGGUAAUUCAAGUUAUAGUAUCUCAAUAUCUUUGGAUGGAUGCUUUUAUAUUCUUAAUCCGACUAUGUGGGAUCGAUCUAUCAACAGACCGUCUUCCAAGUGUAACUUAUGACAACUCUGUGAGUUUAACAAAUCUUAACUAUAUAGAAGAAAGAAAUCUUCAACAUGUAAAUAGUGUUUUCACAAAGUUAAGCAAUGGAAGUGGUUUUUUGCCCGUUGAACUAUCAGAUUUGGCAUUACAAACAUUAACAGAAAGAUGUUUAAAUUUUCCUGGUUUAUUGGUUUCUUUACAUUUCUUGGGUUUAAUAAGCAAUAAUAUGCUAUUAAUGGGAUCAGGUGAUCCUUUAGAGAGAUUAAGUGAGCUUGGAUUAGGUCCAAAUAUUAAUGUUUUUCACAUUCACAAGAAUACCAACUUUAAUAAUAUUAUUUCAAACUCAAUAAAUGGAGGAACUGUAGGAUCUUUUUUAACUAGUCAAAGUAAUAUCUUUGGUUCUUCAGUGAAUGAAAAAGGGUUAGGCCGAGGCGGAGACUUUGGAAUUGGAAAUUUGGAUGAUAUAGGAUUUGGUUUAAAUGGUAUGGCAGAAAAGGAUUUACCAUUUUCAAACUCAAAUUAUGGUGGAUUUGGAGGAAUGACUUUAGAAGAUAAAUUCUUGAACAAAAUAAUUCAAGAAAAAUGUUCAAAUUAUGGGGAGUUACUAGAUUGGACUUUGCUGAGUAAUAUUAAAGGAAUACCUGAGGAUGUAGUAAAAGAUUUUCACAAAUUAGCAGUUUUAAGAUGUGGAUUUAUUGGAAGAUCUCAGUUACAUGAGUUUAUCAAAAAACACAAAAGUUUAUACAUACAUAAGUCUGAUAAUUCACAAUUAAAUAUUGGAAAUAAGAAUCUAGGUGAUCAGAAAGUUAGAAAGAACGAAAUUGAACAAAACAAACUUUUGUUCUUUAGUAGAUCACAAAGUAAUAACUUUAAUCAAUUAAAUGGUACCUUAGCUAUCAGUGAACUAGAUAAUGUAGAAGUUGGUUUUGGGGGUAUGAAUAACAAUAAAGUGAUAAACAAGAAUCAAGAAGAUUACUUUGAGAAAAUGACUGGGAGUAGUUCUAAUAUGGUAGACUUUAAUAUAUCAUUUGAUAUAUUUGAUACUGCUUUAACUACUUUAGGAUUCUCAAGCCAUAAGCUUCAAAGUUAUAUAUUGUGGUUAUUACUUUGUUUAAACUUAAAUAUGGGAAGUGUGAGACCAUUUGUUAAUGCUUCUUUGGCAAGAGAUUUCAUCAUUAUGGUUUAUCUUCAGCCAAUAUACAAAAAUAAUGACGAGGGUGAGUAUUUGAGUGGGAGAAGAGUGAGUGUAAUUAAUGGAAACAAUCAUAUUAACAAUAACAAUUCAACAGGUAGUCACAGUAACAAUACUAGUGCUAAGAAUACUGGCUAUGGUGGUACAGGUAUUCUGAGAGCAGGGAGCAUGUCUGGUAAUAGUAUGGCUACUGGUACAUUCAAAUCAUCUCUCUAUGAAGUUACUGGCCAAAACAAACAUUUUGAUGCUCAGGAUGUACAAUCUUACAGAGGAUACUUUACCCAUGAAAUGUUAAGAAGGUUUUUGGCUUUGGCUAAAAUAUCAAUUCCAAAUUCUGGGGUUGAAUCAAUAUGGAAAAGCCUCCCAAAAGAUCCUCUAAAUAUCACUCCUUUUAUAAUACCUUUCAGGAAUUACGAAAGAAAUAUGGAAAGAGAAGAAGAGGAAGAAAAUCACUGCAAUUUUACUGAUAAGGAUGAAUUAGCUUUGAAAAAUAUGGAAAUUAAUGGUGUAAAUAACUUACAUAGAUUAAGGAGAAGUAAUGAAGAAGAAAAUUGCAUGGAUGAGGAAGAGGAUGAAGGAGAGGAUUCUGGAUUUAUUAGUAAAGAAGAGCAUUUUGGUAAUAAUAAUCGUGUAUUUGAAGAUGAACCUUAUCUUGGAGGUUUUAAAGAGAAGGGAGGUAGGCAUAAACACAAAUUUAAAUCUGCAUAUAUAAUGGACUGUGAGUUAAGUUCCUCUAGAAAAAAAUUCUCAAAAAGAAUUUCAAUAGGAGGAAGAUUCAAGAAAGAAAAGAAAAAUUUAAAUAACUUAAAUAAAUUUGAUGAUUCUUUGGAGAAUAUGGAAUCUUACAUAAGGAAGAGUAAGACAAGAAAUAAUCUAAAGGAAUCUGUACAUUUAAGAAUACUAAUGGAUCCAACAGGAAUGGAUCCAAUGGAAGGAGUUGUUAUAAAUAUUGAUUCAGUGAGAAGAUUACUUCCAAAAAAAUUAAUGACAGGAUUAUGGCCAGAAGCAAUUAAAGUAGUGUUGAAUAUUGGUUUACAUCUAGAAAAGCCAGAUUCAGCAGUCAUUGAAGCAACAUCUAAAUGUUUGGAGUAUAGUAAUAGAUAUGGUCUAAUACGUCCAGGAGAUAUGGUUUCAAUAUUAGCAGCUUUAAGUAAAGAAGGUUUAUCUUUUGAUUUACUUUGUGAACUAUUAAAUAAUAUGAGAAUUCAGCUUCCAGUAAGAGAAGUAAAGAGAAUGUUUGAUUUAAUGGAUUUAAACCAGGAUAAAUCAUUAGAUUUACAGGAGUUAUUAGAUGGAUUUGAAGUGCUUUUUGGAUUAUUCUUGCCACAAUUAGUACAUGAUCAUGUAGGAUUAAGUUAUGAGAGACAAGGAUUAAUAAUAAUGGCAACAUCAGCUUCUUUAUUAUUAUUUUGUAUUUUUGUAGGUAUAGCAAUAAAAACUUUUGAAGGUAUGAGAAAUGAAUUAAGUACUGCAGUACAAUCAGUACUUGCAAUUGUUGGUGCAGUUGGACUACAAACAGGAGCUUCUCAAGAUAGUAAAGAGAUUGAGGAAAGAAUGAAAGAGAGAAUUGAAGACAUUAUGGGAGGAGAUAUUGAAACCUCAAUAUCUCAGAUUGAAUUGGGUGGGGAUUCUCAAUAUUCUUCAAAUAAUGAUAAUAUUAUAGUUUUAAGAGAGAAGAAAUCAAGUUCGAGAAUAAUAAGCAAGAAUAAGAAUUACAGUGGAGGAGGUGUUGGUAGUAGUAGUAGUAGUGGUAGUGGAGGAGCAACACCUAAUGGAUUAAUGAUAAUUACAGAAAAAGGUCCAAUAUUAAAAAUUGGUUACUCGCUUCCUAGCAAAUUUAGAUCUGAUAUUAAUGAUCCAAGGCCAUGUAUUACAUUUUACAGCCAAGAUCAAGUAAAUCUCGAGCCAAUAUUUUAUUGUACUAAAGGAAUUAUUAAUCAACAACAUAAUAUAUUUAUAGAGGAUGAUGUUAGCAAAAGAUGGUGUAUUAAGCCUGCAUUACCUAAAUAUACUGGAUUAACCUUUUCAACAGAAACUGGAAUAAUUUAUGGAACUAUUCCAACUCACACUCAAAACAAGAUUGGAUAUAUAAAAAGAGUCUCUCAUCUAGAAAGUGAUGAUAGAAAUUCUUCUAUAAUUAGAAAUUCCGUUGCUAGUAUAAGUGGAGGGUCUAACUACAAUAUUAUUAAAACUAUUUGUAACAAUAAUAAUGGUCAUAACAAUAAUAGUAUUAUUGGAAGUAUAAAUGGUGGAAUUCACAGAUUUCAAAAAAGACAUUCAAAUAACUUUAAAAGUUCUUCAAAUGAAUCUGAUAUUAGUUUAGGAUGUUCAGGAGGAGUUGGAGCUGAAGGAGAUAUACCUGCCAAGGAUUUAUUAAAAAAUAACAAGUAUCAAGAGAAUGUAAUGAUGCCAUAUGGAGGAGGUCAGUUAGUACAAAUGAAUAGAAAAACUUUCACAAUUUACUGCAUAAUAAGUGAGUUGGAUGAAAAAGUUGUCUUCAAAACAAGAGUAACUUUCCAGAUUAUUCCAAGAACAAGAACUGAAAAAAACUGA